AUGAUUAACAAACGUUGUCACAAAUAUUUUUUAGUUGACAGACUUUUGUGUGUUGGUAUAGCUAAAUCUAUGCCUGUUUUUGAAAAAUUGACUUUAUCUGAUCAGAUUGCACAUCUAAGGCAGAUUUGUCAUUUGUUUACCUCAUUUACAGGCGCCUACCUAGCUUGGGAAUUAGGCUCUGAAACUUGGACUCGUAAAGAUAAUGUUAUGCCUGCUCUUGGUUUUAAGAAGCAAUUUUUGCAUGAUGAUAAGUAA